AUUCAGGGUCAAGCCUCUUCCCGCUUUUCAGUUAACUCAAGCCAUUUACGGAGUAGCUGAAUGACGAUGUAGACCAGAAUGUGUGCGGGAAGACGUUAUUUUUAAUGUAUCUUGUACUGUACAGAACCUCUCUGAAGGGUCAUCGUGUACAUCUAAAAAAAAAAAAGAAACAUUCUAUCUACCACGGAGUCGAUAAUGUCAGAUCUCCGGUACUGACAUAAACAGGCCAUACAACAAGCAUUCAUGUCUGAGCUUUCAUUUCAUCAUAAAAAAACCCCCAUAACCUUUUUUGACCCCCAUUUUUGGAUAAAACAUCUGUUUUUAGAACGCCAGCUCAAAACACUUUUGUCCAGCUGUCAUGUCCUCAUUUGUAUAUCGAGCACCAGGGGCCCCAGCACUGAGAAAAGGCGUGAGAAUGGGAGAUGUCCUCGCCAAGGCUGUGUAGACGGAGGUGCAGGAAUGACCUCCACGCCAGCACCAAGCCAAGCUUGCGAAGGCAGGGAACUCAAGCAUCACAAUCCAGAGGAGCUGAACCGAGACACGAACUCAACCCACCCACAAACUCGGCAAUGCCCGAUAGCUAGAAGACAUCGCUGCUCUCGACGUCACCAAGUCUUGCGAGGAAAUAUCUCUAUACCAAAGUUCAGAUGGCCAGGCCGUUCAGAAGACCAAUCCAGAUAUAAUUCCCCUCUUCGGGGAGUCUGAUCCUUCAUUGCUGCAAGUCAUUGGCCUGGAUAGUACCCAGUGAAAUCUGGCUUCUCGAAGCCUCUCGGGAGGCUGGUGGGAUCGCCGUUGGCUUUCG